UCUCCGCGGACUGUGCGGAGUUGGGCCCCUGGACGGCGCGAGGGCUGCCACCUGCCCGCCCAGCGACCUUGGGCGUGGUCUUUCCUGGUCUGGGCCGCGGGGCCCGGUCAGGCUCCUCGUUCUGCAGACGUCGUGAUCCAGGCCGCUGCCGGCGCUGACCUGCUUCAUCCUCCCCUUGACUCGCGCCCGCCCGGGCUCCUUUCGUCCAAGGAUGCAGACAUCAGAGCGUGAGGGGUGUGGGCCAGAGGCAAGCCCCAGCGUGAUGCCUGAGGCUUCCCUGGAGUCUCCACCUGCCCCUACCAAGUCCCCGGCGUUUGAUCUUUUCAACUUGGUUCUGUCCUACAAGAGGCUGGAGAUCUACCUGGAACCCCUGAAGGACGCAGGUGACGGUGUCCGGUACUUGCUCAGGUGGCAGACACCUUUGUGUUCCUUGCUGACCUGCCUGGGCCUCAACAUCUUGUUCCUCACUUUGAAUGAGGGAGCUUGGUACUCGGUGGGUGCCCUGGUGAUUUCAGUGCCCGCCCUCCUGGGCUACAUGCAGGAGGUUUGCCGUGCACGGCUGCCUGAGUCUGAGCUGAUGCGGAGGAAGUAUCACAGCGUGAGGCAGGAGGACCUGCAGAAAGUUCGCCUGUCUCGCCCCGAGGCCGUGGCUGAGGUGAAGAGCUUCUUGAUCCAGCUGGAGGCCUUCCUGAGCCGCCUGUGCUGCACCUGCGAGGCCGCCUACCGCGUGCUGCACUGGGAGAACCCGGCCGUGUCCUCACAGUUCUAUGGGGCUCUUCUGGGUACGGUUUGCAUGCUGUAUCUGCUGCCACUGUGCUGGGUCCUUGCACUUUUAAACAGCACACUCUUUCUGGGGAAUGUGGAGUUCUUCCGAGUGGUGUCUGAGUACAGGGCAUCUCUGCAGCGGCGGAUGCACCCCAGCCAGGAAGAUGGUGCCUUCCAGAGCCCACCGCCGCCGCCAGGUGCUGGGGGGAAGGGAGUUCUGCUGGACUGCACGCCUGCACCCACCCCCACAGAGGACCUCACGCCGGGCAGUGUGGAGGAGGCAGAGGAGGCUGAGCCCGACGAGGAGUUUAAAGAUGCCAUUGAGGAGACCCACUUGGUGGUGCUGGAGGAUGAUGAGUGUGCCCCGUGCCCCGCAGAGGAUGAGCUGGCCCUGCAGGACAACGGCUUCCUGAGCAAGAAUGAGGUGCUACGCAGCAAGGUGUCACGACUCACAGAACGGCUCCGCAAGCGGUACCCCACCAACAACUUUGGGAGCUGUACGGGCUGCUCGGCCACCUUCUCAGUGCUGAAGAAGAGGCGAAGCUGCAGUAACUGUGGAAACAGCUUUUGCUCUCGGUGCUGCUCCUUCAAGGUGCCCAAGUCCUCCAUGGGGGCCACAGCCCCCGAAGCCCAGAGAGAGACUGUGUUUGUGUGUGCCUCGUGUAACCAGACCUUGAGCAAGUGAGAAGAAGGGACAGGGUCCCAGCGGGCGCCGGUUCCUGGGCCAGCAGGAGACCCCACUCUCCCCACCCCUAGUUAGCCCCAUGUGGCGUGUGCUGGGCAAACGUGGCCUGGACGCUAGAUAGGCUCCCCCAUACCUGCCCUCGCUUUCCCCAGCCGGGUUCUGGAGCUGUUCCCCACUCCUGUGGAUGGCCAGUAAUGGCUGUUACCAAACCCCAGAGGGCAAAGGAUCUUCUGGAGGGCCUGGCGUGUUUGCCCUGGUCUGCCCUGGGCUGAGGUAGGGGACUCAGGGCUGGGCAAGGAAUCUAAGCUAGAGGGCAGCAGAGAGCCACGCCUGCUCUAAUUGGGAUCUCAGGAUCAGGGCGUUUCUCCAUGGUUGGGAAUUCUGUUUGGAGAUCAGAAAUUGAGAAAAGAGAUUCUUCCUCCUGUUGGGUAGGUACCAGGCCAAGCCCUUGGCCUCUGAGAGUCCGCAGAAGGGCUUGGGAGAGCUGUGCCUCAGCUCUGCUGUUUGAAUAUCCCUCCAGGCAUCAGGAUCUCGUUUCCCCACCUAGAGGGUUGGCCAGGGCUAACCAGACCAAAAGUGCUUCUAGAAACAGGGUUGGAGUUCCCAAGUUCCCCCAGAGGAGGACAUGUCCAGUCCAGUGGGGCCUGACAGAGACCUUAGCAGGGAGCCCCAGCAGCUCACAGGACCUCAGCCGCACCGUGCAGAGGCCUGGACUUGUAGAAUGUCCGCCAGAAUCACACGUUGCCCGGUGUCCACAGCCCUGCUGGGUAGACGACAGGCAUUGAGAUCGCUUCUGUGCCGCCUCCUCAGAGCCCCGGGCACCCUUCCCCUGGCUCAGAGCCACAUUCCCUCUUCCCAGCUCCUUGUCCCUCAGUGUGACACCAGGUAAGCAGAGCAGAGGUCCCGAAGCCCUUGACCCUUGGGGACCUGGGAAGUGCAGGGUCUCUCCGCUGGAUCCUCGGUUCCAGGGCGCUUCCCCAGCAGGACAGUCUCAGUUAUGGUAUAAGGCCACUUGUCCUCUCGCCAAUAAGUUCAUAUUCACUUCUGGACUCUUAGGGCCUCUGUCUUUCUCUAAGCCAUGAGCGGGCUCAGGCACCCACCCUUUAGUUCCCCUGGAUCUGCCCUGCCUUUUGAAAUAUUUAUUUAUUUAUUGCAUGGUUCCUGGGAACAUGUGGCACAGGAGACAGGCUGGGCAGAACGGGGGGGGCUUCCCUUACCCUAGGAUGCUUCUCUGGAAUCAUGAGCUGCCUGGGACCCAGAGCCCACAGGAGGCGGAGAUGUUUCUAUGCCCUGACAGGGACCGAGGCGGCAGGUUGGGGAAAUAAGGACCAUCCGAGGCCGGCUUUCUUGCAAGGCCGACCAGUCUAGCUAGGGCUGGCCAGCGAGGCGCCAGUCCCUGAGGAACCAGGCAGGCCUUGGUGUACCCCCUUCCUCGGGCUCCUUUAUCCUGUUCAGAGAUGAGAGUUAAGUACCCUGUGCUUCAUUUACACUGGAGAGGAACUACAAAGACUUCUGUGUAUAUGGAGAAUUGUCAAUAAAAAGCCUCAGCUUCUCA